GCUCUCGCCUAAUUACGUUGAAACCAAUCUAGGCUGCCAAAUUAUAAUAACACAUGUCAAGGAUGCGUUAACAACUCUCUACUUUAUUUUCCCUUCAACACCUAUAUCGACGAUGCAAUGGAGCCCCAAAUUCGUCUUCCAAAACCUACGCGACCGCUAGGAAGACCCCUUGGUUAUUUAUCACGAGCAUUGAUCGCGGCCUCAUAUCCUCUACGAGGCAUCUACUACUUCCUACGUCAUCCUUCCUAUUACCCUCUCUUCAUUGGAAGACUUCUUCCUCUGUCUAUCAUCUCUUUCCUAGUGUAUUUGAUCCUAUUCACAUUUGCAUUUUUACCUCAGUAUGCUUUCUUGGCUCUAUUCCACGGUUUGUCAGGCGCAUGGUUUAAUGCGGUGGUACUAGUCUUGGGUGAGGGUCUGGUUAUUAUCCAAGGUUUAUUUGAAGGCUUCUUCGUUGAUGAGUGUCGCGUGGAUGUUUUUGAUGCAACUCUCUUAGAUCUAGGUCUUGAUGAUCUCGUCGCGCCGCACCGACUCCUCUUCGCCGAUGCGCCCACGUCCGUUAAGAAACUUGGCAAGCCAACAAGCGCCGCCAUCUAUCAGCCAUGGAGCUUAAUCCAAAUUGUCGAGUUGAUCAUCUUCCUACCCCUCAACCUUAUUCCCUACGUCGGAACUCCUGCCUUUAUUAUAAUUACGGGCGCUCGAUUGGGGACAUUCGCGCACUACAGGUGGUUCGAUCUUAGAGGGUUGACGAAGAAGGAGCGCAAGGCAGAGGUUAGAAAAAGGAUGUGGGAAAACAUAUGGUUCGGUACCAUAGCAAUGAUUCUCGAGCUCAUACCCAUCCUAUCUUUCUUUUUCCUCUUGACCUCGACGACAGGCGCAGCGCUCUGGACAGCCAAGCUUGAACAACAGGCAAGAGGAUCAUCCGUUUCUGCCCCUCCCGCUGAUGUUCCGGGAGAAUCGCAGGAGCACGGCCCUGAUGAACCACCUCCGCCGUAUGUGGACAACCCUGUAUAAUUAUCUACAGCUGGAUCAAUUGGAACUUGACGAAUCUCACUUUUCAGCAUUUUGUUUUGGCCUAUGUAUUAUGAGAAUUGAUCACGAUGUGGUUUCGGUGCCUAGCUACUACGUACACUAGCUUAAGUGUGAAACGUUUAUGAAGACAGAAAAUUCUACUAUUGAAUUUGAAUUCGAUAUGUGCACACAU